CACGUCGUCUGCCCAUUAACGUCUUAGCGAAUAAGAGCAUACUGCCUUCCACUUCGCGUAUCCUUCCCGGGAUCCAUUCAUAUAAAUCCCCAACCCGACCCGAACCGACCCGAAUAAUGGAUCGACCCAGCUUCCUUAUCCACGCGGAAGAAGCCGAAUCCGCCGCGAAACGACACGGCGUCUCCGUCGUCAAUCUCCUCCCUCUCCUCGUCAACCCAGCGAAACCCCUCGCCCGUCCCCCGAUCUCGAAAUUCCCCGUCUCAGCAGUCGGACUCGGAUCGUCGGGCCGGAUCUUCGUAGGCGUCAACGUCGAGUUCCCAGGCCUCCCUCUCCACCACUCGAUCCACGCCGAGCAGUUCCUCGUCACCAACCUCGCGCUCAACUCCGAGCCGAUCCUCCGUCGCUUCUCCGUCUCCGCCGCUCCCUGCGGCCACUGCCGCCAGUUCCUCCAGGAGAUCCGCGACGCCCCCGACAUCAGAAUCCUAAUCACCGAUCCAAACGCCUUCCGCGACGCCGUUACGGAUAACGAAGACGCCGUUACAGAGAAAAACGACACCGUUGCGGAGAAAGAAAACGCCGUUACUGAGCAAAACGACACCGUUAGUACUGAGCAAAACGACACCGUUAGUACUGAGCGAAACGACGCCGUUGCGGAGAAAGAAGACGGUUACGUGCGUUUAGAGAGCAUCUUGCCGCACAGAUUCGGCCCUGACGAUCUCCUCGAGAGAGACGUCCCUUUACUCCUCGAGCCGCACGAUAACCGUCUCACUCUCUUAGGUGUUAUCACCAACGGUCACACUGAUUCCGAUCUAAAGCUAACGGCUUUAUCCGCCGCGAAUAGAUCUUACGCGCCGUACAGUCGGUGUCCGUCGGGAGUGGCGCUGGUGGAUAGCGAAGGGAGAGUGUACAGAGGAUGGUACAUGGAGUCGGCUGCGUAUAAUCCUAGCUUGGGGCCGGUGCAAGCGGCGCUGGUUGAUUUCGUGGCUAACGGAGGAGGAGGAGGAGGAGGGUUUGAGAGGAUCGUUGGGGCGGUGUUGGUGGAGAAGAGAGAUGCGGUGGUGCGUCAAGAGCAUACGGCGAGGAUGCUUUUGCAGGUUAUUGCUCCGAAAUGUGAUUUCGAGGUCUUCCAUUGCUGAGAUUCUUAGUGAGAAGCUGAUAAAGUCCUAAGCUUUGUUCGUGAAGUCGCAAGCUUUCAAAUUUGAUGCAGUGUUUCUAUGAUGAUGAUGAUAUUUGUAAUUGGAUGCAAUGUUUUUAUGAUGAUGAAGAAAAGCCAAAGGUUUGUUCGCUUA